AUGCCUGGAGAGAAGGAGAGUCCAUGCUUCCCACAUGAGCCACACUUGCAGGCCCACAGUGAGACCCAGGGCCUGGCAGGUGCUCAGGUUCCAGAGGCUGAGAAUGAGGCUUCCUCUUCCUCCUCUUCUUCUUUGAUCCCCUGCACCAUGGAAGAUGUUUCUAUUCCUGGGACACCCAGUACUCCCCAGGGUCCUCAGAGUGUCUGCUCCUUCUCCACUGUCACCACAGCCACCUCAUCAAGCAAAUCAGAUGAGGUCUCCAGCAGCCAAGAAGAGAUGGAAAAUUCAAACACUUCACAAUCCCUGCCAGACACUGAGAACUUGCGCACAGACCCUCUAGAUGAAAAGGUGGAAUUGUUAGUCUGUUUUCUGCUGCAAAAAUAUCAAAUGAGAGAGCCAAUCACAAAGGCAGAUAUGAUUGGUGAUGUUAUCAAAGAGCACAAGGAUGACUUCCUUGAGAUCCUCAGGAGAGCCUCUGAGCAGAUGGAGCUGGUCUUUGGCAUUGAUGUGAAAGAAGUGGACUGUACCACCCACAGCUAUGCCCUUGUUAACAAGCUGGACCUCACCUAUGAUGGAAGGCUGAGUGAUGAACAGGGCAUGCCCAAGACUGGCCUCCUGAUAAUCGUCCUGGGAGUGAUCUUCAUGAAGGGGAACUGUGCUGCUGAAGAGGAAGUCUGGAAAGUGCUGAAUAUGAUGGAUAUAUAUUCUGGGAGGAAGCAUUUCAUCUUCGGGGAACCCUGGAGGCUCAUCACCAGUGAUUUCGUGAAGGAAAAGUACCUGGAGUACCAGCAGGUGCCCACCAGUGAUCCUCCACAUUAUGAAUUCCUGUGGGGUCCAAGAGCCCAUGCUGAAACAAGCAAGAUGAAAUUGCUGGAGUUUUUGGCUAAGAUCCAUGGGACCAAUGCCAGGAGCUUCCCAUCUCAGUAUGAGGAGGCUUUGAGAGAUGAGGAAGAGAGAGCCCAAGCCAGAAUUGAAGCUAGGGCUUGCACAAGUGCCAGGGCCAGUGCAAGUUCUGGUUUUUCCCACCCUUAG